UUCCGUAGGCAGCAGGAGCGAAGGGGACCUGCUCGCUGCCUCAGCCUCAGAGCAUCCUUUUUUUUUCCUCCUCCCUUCGCCUUCUCUCAUCAUCCCCAACCACAACACAGCGGGAUGACGGGAAACCAUGAGGAGAGCGUCUCUCUGCUCGUCGGCUUGCGGUAGAACAUAUCGCCACUGGGUUGCGUUUAGCCGCUCGGGCUAGCGCGAUGCUACACAACAUGAAGCUGUUCGUCUCCUGAUGGAUGAGGAGCUACACAAUAAUAGCCUGCCUGUCUGUGGGAGCGAAAAGGAAAGAUAGUUACAGCUGGGCUCAGCCUCUUCGCUUUCACUGUGCGAUUUUACAACAUUUCUUUUUUCUUGUUCUUUCUCUCUCUCUCUUUUUUUGGCUCACAGAAAGCUUUAUUGACAGUUUUAUUUUAUUAUUGUUAACAUCUGCCUCGGUUGAAUUGAACCAGCGGUGCUCCAACAAAGAAGAUGCGAGGAGUGACAACGUCAAGGUGCUAGAGACGUACCUGAGGUCAAGGGAUAUUACUGGAAAUCACCAACCAACAAACUCAGAGCUGGUGCCCUAAAAAGAGGACAUCUUGACUGAGGCAUCAGCUGGCCAUCAGCUGGCCAUCUACCCUACACUCACGAAUGUUUGUCGGCAGCUUCCAUCAUUGGGAUCACGUGCUAAUCGGAAGAUCUAGGUGUUAGUCCUUGGACUUAUUGGAUUGGCGUUCAACAGUGGGACACCACAUGGCCGCAGCAGAACCUUGACACUGGGAUAAUGACUCACAUAUGAUCACAUGUCUGUCAGCAGUUUUUUCUGAAAUCGGGGCCUUAUGUCUUAGAUUACAUCGACCUUAUCAUCAGUACUUUUUGUUAUAUCUUCCGUAGGUCCAUGAGGGUUCAUUCAUCCAGGGAUUGAGGCUGAUUAAAACAUUUAGGGACUUUUGUCAUGCAGGAAACUUGUGUACGCACCAGAAACAAACUUGCGACUCAUUCUUUAGGCGUAUCUGCCCCUCUGUCCUCAUCGAUGACCCCAUGACCCCUGCAGAAGUCAGAUAGUCCGCUGUCAGCUAGCCACAUGUCCCUAUCACAGAUCUAAUAGCUGAUAUUGCUAACAUGGCUGCCACGAUGAGCGCAUGCCUGUAGCGGCGUCCGCGUUGUCGUGGCUGGCCGUCGCAGGACGGUCAUCUUCCUCGGCCAUGACCCGGCUGAUGUUGGGCCGGACUCUGGAGCGCAUCUGUAAAGGUGUCCUGCUGCUCUGCCUGCUCCACUUCCUCAUCAUGAUGAUCCUGUACUUCGACGUCUACUCGCAGCGCUUCGACCUCUUCAGCCGUUUCAACAAUGGCCGCAAUGGCUCCAGGAAUAACGUCAGCGGAGCAGCAGGGAACGGACAUCAUUUUUACUACUACAAUCUCUCCAGGCCCAACGCAACGUUAGCCAGCUACGCGGCUACAGGCGAGCAGGUGGUGCCGAGUUUGCAGCCCGAGACCAAUCAGACGCCGUCCCCCAAACCGCUGCCGCCGUGCCCUGAGAACCCGCCCGGCCUCGUGGGGCGUUUGUUGAUCGAGUUCAGCUCCCAGAUGACGAUGGAACGAGUGCAGAAGGAGAACCCCAAUGUGACGGAGGGAGGCCGCUACACGCCUCCUGACUGCCGGCCGAGGUGGAAGGUGGCCAUCAUCAUCCCGUUCCGUCACAGAGAAAACCACCUAAAGUACUGGCUCCACUACCUCCACCCGAUCCUCAGGCGGCAGAGGAUCGACUACGGCAUCUACAUCAUCAAUCAGUUGGGUGAGGACACUUUCAACCGUGCCAAGUUGCUGAACGUCGGCUACACGGAGGCUCUGAAGGAGGCGGAGUACGACUGCUUCAUCUUCAGCGACGUGGACCUGAUCCCGAUGGACGACCGCAACCUGUACCACUGCUACGACCAGCCGAGACACUUCGCCAUCGCCAUGGACAAGUUUGGCUUCAGGCUGCCCUACGCGGGAUACUUUGGAGGGGUUUCAGGCCUCAGUAAAAAACAGUUUCUGAAGAUCAACGGCUUCCCCAACGAGUACUGGGGCUGGGGAGGGGAGGACGACGACAUCUACAACAGGAUCACUCUGAAUGGGAUGAAGGUUUCCAGGCCAGACGUUCGCAUCGGCCGCUACAGAAUGAUUAAACACGAGAGAGACAAACACAACGAGCCCAACCCGCAGAGAUUUAAUAAAAUACAGAACACGAAGAACACGAUGAAGAAGGACGGCAUCAGCUCUCUGACCUACAGAGUGGUUCAGGUCAAGAGGUACCCUCUGUACACAAAUAUCUCCGUCGAGAUCGGCAAACCACCGCCCCGGCCUUUCAAGGGCUAGAGAGAGACGAGAGGAAGACGAGGGGAAAAGACGAGAAGGGGAGAUCUUUUUGGAAGGAAAUGGAGAGGAACGCGCACCCUAAACAUCUGGACAGAUGUGGGAGCGAAGGAGAGAGGAAAAAGCCACAAGCACAUCAUGGUCUCUUUCUCCCUCUUUACCCCAGUCUCUUUCUGUGUGUGUGUGGUUUUUUUUGUUUGUUUGUUUUUUUUAAGAUUACAGCCAUUUCUGAAACCAGGACUCAAGCUCUUUCCUCCUGCAACUUUUUUCAAGCAGCCAGUGGCUUCACACCUCCUACCGUUACCAAUCGGUGACUUCAGAAUUAAUGAGUGCGGAAAAAAAGCUCCAAUAUCAGCAGCUGAAACUUGAGAGCCCUUCAGUUUGCAAUCGUUUGCAGACUGGAGGGCAUCCGAUGACAUAUCGACAGAGGAUAUCGACUGGACCUGUUGGAGGAAAUUUCAUCUGAAACUGACUGUCAGGACAACAUCAAGCAGAAUUUCUUGGAUUAUUUGACUAAGGUCAUAUUGACAAAAAUGAAAAAAAUGGGCUUUAUUCAUGUUGGUUUGGGAGUGAAAUGUCCUGAUGGACAACAAACCUCAAACAUGUCCAGUUCCAAGCAUUCACAGUGACGGUCAGGAGAGUGGGGAUUUCUACUAUAGGAAAGCUGUAACAUGAAGUAAAUAUGGUGACGUGCAGUGAAGGCUGUGACUGAAUCUGAUUGAUUGCAUAUCAAAGAAAUCUCUCUCUCUUUCUCUUCUUGGCAAACAAUGCUAACAGACAGUUUAACAUUGACGUUUUUAUCAGGGGAGUCUCCUGUUUGGAUCUAAUUACUCAAUCAACUCCUCCGGUAUCAAUUAAUGAAUGUGUAUUGUGCCUGCAUCUACUCGCAGAAGACUCAAAAACAGUGCUGGGACACGCUGAUAAAACCUGUUCAUCAGCAGCAACGGACUCCUGAGAACUCUCUUUUUGUUCUCUUUUUUUAUAUCUAGACUUAGACUUUGGAAGCAGAAAUGGAAACAGACUCAAAGGAGCGACAGAAUGGUUUUGCGACUGAAGCAAAAAAAGAAUUGAAGAGAGGGUUUCUCCUGUUCUGAAUGCAGUGUGGUGAAUCUACCUUAGGAAUGCAUAUGAAAUCAAAAUUGAGGACCUGAAGACGACAAGGCAAAUAUAUACUGACAGCUCAGUCAUGAUUGUUACCCCAUGUGGCACAUUACGGAGAUAAGGCUCCUGGAAAGGUUUCUUUUUCACCCCAUCUGAAGAAAGACAGGUUUAUGGGGUUAAUCUGGGCUUUAAAGAUACAUUUUUGUCUCUACAAGAUGCAAAUGGCUUGAGUUACAUUAAUAUUCCUUAAGGUACAUAUUUGAGACAUGCAUUUAUGGUGACACAUCAUUUUACAGGUCCAAAAAUAGUAGGUGGUAAAUACCAAGCUACAUAUUUAUUACUUUCAAAUUACCUCAAAAUUUAAAUUUCGUAACUUGAUUCUUGGUUUUGAAGUUGGGUUUGUUGGUAUUUAGCAAUUCUAAAAUGGAAAUGAAUCUGCAACAACCAAUUUUCAAUGAAGUGACACGCUGGUCAUACAGAAAGCAGUUGGAUGUUUCCUGCUUCGUAUAAAAGAAAUCACCAGCCAUUUAUUAGCCGCUCGUUAUGAUCAUGUUGGUUUAAAUCAGUUUCAAAGACAUUUCAAAUAUGUUUCUUGGUUCCUACCACCUACAUAUCAUGACAUUUGCCAACAUGUAAAGUGUUAAUGCAUUUUUUAUUUCUUAUUUUUUUAAGAAGAAAAAUCAGCUGUUGCUGAAUUUUUUUGAACAUGCGUGGGACAAGUCGGGGUUCAACAUCAGAAAUGAGCUGUCAGAAUAAUCACAUGACUCACGAUUUACAGGAAAAAAGCAUUGUGGAUCCAAAGGUCGUGUUGUUUUACAAACAGAGACGUAAUACAUUCUGGAGGUCGUUUUGUAGCCUACGAUUUUUUUUUUAUAAAAAGGUAUCAAUUCAUUAAAACUAAAAUGUUGAUACUAUUACUAUGCCAUUUUACUCUCUGUGCUGUCUUUUCCUCUGAACCUCUGAGGAAAAAGGCCAUCAUAUCUGGAAAGAGGAAAUUAUACAGUGAAAGUCUCCCGCUGGUGGAAAUUGUGAAUUUGAAGGCUGUAGUGAGAAGUUAUUAACUGAGCGUUUUGAGUGGCAUCUCUGUCGCUGCUUCAGAUCUUAUCAACAUCAGCUGUCAGUUCUGCAUUGGCGUGUAUUUUAUCUCGCUUUCAUAUUACAUAAAUGAAUCCCUGAACAGAUGUUGUUACUUUCUUUUUUUUAUAUAUAACUUUUUUAAUUUGAAAACUUUUUUGUGUCUCACAUGAGUUUCAUAACUUUCCCUGUGCAAAAAACGGGACCAACAAAAUCUCUGAUCAUGCCUUCCUUCAUCGCUUUUCUUCCUUUUGUUUUAAUUUUACCUUGUCUCUGCUGUUGAUGCUAUUAAUGUUGACGCCUAAACACCAAAUUGAUGCCUUCAGACACAAAGGGGCAGGGAAGGUUUUUCAUUUGUUUUGGGUGUAAAAAAUUGGGAGCUUUAAGAUGAGCGAUACAGAAAUGUGUUUCCGCCUCUGUCAAGAUCGUGUUAAAACCUUCACAAAAGAAAACGAAACCACAGGGACGCACAACUUGUGUGCAAAUGCGGUAGCUGUUUUGUGUAAUUCCGAGCAUUUCUGGGCUUUUAUUUUGGUGAAAAUUGUGCAUUGUUGGCCUUCUCUUUGGUCAGCCUUGAGGCAAAAUGUUCCCAUCUGUUUGGCUCGCUGUUAUCUUCGCCUCAAGCCCGUUGGAAGGUAUAAUUCCUCCUCUCGGCGACGCACUCUUCCUGCCACACACACUCAUUCCCACUGUCAUCCGUCGUUAUCUUCUCUUUCAUUGCCUUUUUCUUUCUUACUCUGCCAGUCCGGGCUGUGUGUGUCAAUGGCGCUCUGUUGUGCUUUGUGGUGGGCCCACUUCAGGCACAGCUGUGUCUCACAAGAGCGCCUCUUCCUUCAAUAGAUAUCGACAGGGCCUCUCUUUGUGUCUCUGAAUCUGUGCCACUUACUGUAUCUUUACUUUUCUAUUUAUUCUCUCCCUUGAAGCGCACAGCCUCAUUUUGUGAAUCCCUCGGUCUCCAGUCUGUUGUCGCUCUCUCCGCCACCUUUUCCCCCGUUUUGAUUUUGAUUGAACUCUCUCGGCGAGUUUCAGUGUCCUCGGUAAGCAGACUACAUGUGGAGAGGUCAAUACAAUCCCCUCUUUGUACUGUUUACAGCUUGCCCAGUGCAAUAUUACAGAUUUGUCACAGGACUGCCACGUAUCCUGUAGCUUGUUGGAGUCGUUGUGUUGCAGAGGGGUGUGAGGUGAUAACAUUUUCAAGGGUUGGUGUCAGUUUGUGAUGCAGUCAUGCUUUUCUUCCCAGCCAAAAUGGAUUUUUUCAUCUUUUCCCUCUAAUCCACCUGUUGAUUUCAAAUCCUUCCAAUCAGUUCACGACAGAUAAAAUGACUGCUGUUGGUUUGAUUGUUGCAAUAUUUGCAGUUGUUGAAGGGGCACUCCACAGUUUAAUGUUUUGUACUUGCACAGUCUUCGGUGACUUAAGAGAUCAGAAUCGUCAAAUUUGGAACGACAGAGGCUGAGAUAUCCUGAGUUGUAGUCCAAGAUCCAAAAAACACUAGAUCCUACGUUGCACACACCUGGACAGUGUCUUUCAUAGAAAGUUGGGUGGAGCAGUUUUUGGAGCACUUCACUGCAUUUAAUAGCUCAUGGGUAUUGUAGUCUUUAGAACAAAGGGCAAAUUACAUGUCUGUAGGCUUUACUGCGAUACCAGCCAAGUAACCCAGAUAAAUCUCGGCAGCGAACUUUUCUGCAAACCGCUGAUCUGCCCUGAUUUGUACGUGUCAUAGGCUGCUUACCAUAUUGACAGGAAAUUGCUAGUCCCUGUUUGUGGCAAUCUUUUCUUAACCAUAACCAAGUUGUUUUCCUGCCAGGUUAGUGACAACAUAAAAGGCAGGGUUGUGUGAUUCAUGAAUCUACUGAAAAGUUCUGGGAGACUAAAUUAAUUAUUGCAAUUUUUUUUCCAUACCUCUGUUUUGUUAUUGCACCAUGUUGUCGGGAUGAAAAUAUGAACACAGUGAGAUAUUUUUAAAUAAUCAUGAGUAAUGUGGAUCUAAAGAUUACAAAUAUACUGUAUCACGGUAUAACAUCCAAAAUAUAUGGAUAUGAUGUUUGUUAAAUAACAUUGAGGAUAUUGUUCAAGUGAAGGUUUGGAAUAGGAAUACAUGCAUAAAACCUGUGGAGUGCCCCUUUAAAAAAUAGCUUCAUCAAGGCUACUGUGACACAUUACAGGCAACCUCGGACAGUUACAUGAGAAAGAACAAGCUGAGGAUUCACUGCUGUAGGACAAAGUGAGCGCUGUAGAGCGAGACAUGGCCCCGCUGUGUAUAAACGGUAACUUGGAAUAUAGAUGUAAAGAUCAGCAACAGACACUCCAGCAAAAAUGGUAUUUGAAACGUUUCCUUUACUUGAGAAUAAGCUGCGAGGAGCGCUUGAUGUUUCUUAUUGGACUUUUGAUGCCGUUCCAGUUGUCAAGCGAACCUCAGGUGGUCCAAGUAUUUGAAAUGUUUUUUUUUUUUUCCAAAUACAUUUUUCGCUUGUCUGCUGCAGAGAGCGGACGGGACUUUCAGGCCCUGCUGGGGCAGUUUUUAAACAUUUACUGUAUCUCUAGCUAUGGUUUUUUUGUACAUUGAAUGUUGAAAAUGUUAUAUCUUAUAUAGAAUGCAUUAUGUCAUAUCAAACCUACUUUUUCUAUACAAUCAAUAAAUCUGAUGGUUAAAGAUUCAA